AUGAGGCUCCUGAUCAAAGUGUAUUCCCCGGAUUUUCUUCUAAUCAUCGAGCCCCAAAUCAAUGGGGAUAGAGCCACUACAGUUUGCAGCAAUUUGGGGUAUGGAGAUGUCAUUCGUGUGGACGUGGAAGGUCGUAGUGGGGGCAUUUGGUUGGCAUGGAGGUCCAAUGACUUCCAAAUCCAGCUCAUUGACGCUAGCCAGCAACAUUUAACUGUCAAGGUCUCCAACAACAAGCAGCGUGAAUGGCUCCUCACUGGGGUUUAUGGCAGCCCCAAUUACAGAUUCCAUCAUAUUCUGUGGAAUCACCUCAUUGAAUUCGGUCGCAAUUUGGAAAUUCCUUGGUUGGUGACAGGAGAUUUUAAUGCUUACUGCUCUCCUUCGGGAAGGCUGGCACCGCUUCGACCGCCUCCCUCCAUAUAUGCCAGCAAUUCACAGAUUGGAUUAAUGAAACGAACCUUUUUGACUUGGGGUUUUCAGGGGCUCAGUAUAAGUGGUGUAGGAGGGACUCCAGCAACAGCUAGUCACAUCGACCGGAGUCUCUGCAACUCUGCGUGGGAUGCCGCCUUUGCCAACACCUCGACACGACACCUUCCCAAGCUGCACUCGGAUCAUCUUCCUAUACUUACCUCUUACUCUGGUCUCUAUUAUAAUGAUGGGGGAGCCAAGCCCUUUCGCUUUGAAGGUGCGUGGCUGCUCCAUAACAAUUUCUCGGAGUUUUUUUGCAGAAAACUGGAAUGUGGAUGGGGAUUCAAUCAGGGACUGAAAGACAUCUCUAUCAAGCUCCAAGAGUGGAAUAGACUCACGUUCGGCAUCAUUGGGCAUCGUAAGAAGAGACUAUUGGCGAGGAUUCAAGGAGUUCAAACCAGAAUCACCACCUCAUCAUCCCCCGGUCUUUUCAAGCUGCAAGCGAAGCUUGAGAAAGAGCUUGAUGACCUUCUUGCGUAG